UAUUAAUUUUUAUUUUCAUUUCAGGUCGAACAGUGAAUUUAAGAUGUGUGGUAUUUGGGCAUUGUUUGGGAGUGAUGUGGAUGUCCACAGACAUCUAGGGAGUGCACUAAAGAUUGAACAUCGUGGUCCUGAUUCGUUUCGGGUUGAGAGCAUCCCAAAGUUUAACAACUGCUGUCUGUGUUUUCAUCGUCUGGCCAUCGUUGGUAACAUUUUUGGGAUGCAGCCGCUCCGCAUCAAUGGAUUCCCUCAUCUCACAUUGCUCUAUAAUGGAGAGAUCUACAACUAUCGUAAGCUGAGUGAGGUGUAUGGUUUCCCAAUGCAAAGCAGUGUUGAUGGUGAGAUUCUUCUACAUCUAUAUAUCAGAGGAGGAAUAGAGUAUGCAGCUUCAAUGGCUGAUGGUGUCUUUGCUAUGUGCAUUGUUGAUACAGCCAACAGACAGGUACAUCUUGCCCGUGACACCUAUGGAGUGAGACCAAUAUUUUAUCUUGUCAACGAGGAUGGAUUCAUGGCUUUGAGCUCAGAGGCUAAGGGUCUCCUUGGUUUAUUACAUGGCUGUGAUGACCGUGAUGUCACAAUCAGACCCUUCCCUCCUGGCCAUAUCCAGAGCUUCAAUCUCCUUCCUAGUGGUAAGGUAUCUCCAUUAGAACUCAAGCUAUUCCAUUCCUUUGAGGAAACUCCAAAAUGGGCAUCAGUAGAGGGCAGCCUUCAACCAUCAGAUGAGGACAUCCAUGCUAACAUCCGUGCUUUAUUCACUGAAGCAGUAAAAAAGCGAAUGAUGAGUUCACGUCGUAUUGGAUGCAUGUUGUCAGGUGGUUUGGAUUCUAGCUUAGUAUCAUCCCUUGUUAUGAAGCAGAUGGUUGCAGCAGGAAUGGAGUAUCCACUUCAAACAUUCUCAAUUGGAAUGGAAGGCAGUCCUGAUAUUGUUGCAGCCAGAAAGGUUGCUACUCACAUCGGCAGUGAACAUCAUGAGAUAUCAUUCACUCCUGAAGAAGGUAUUGAAGCAGUUGAACAUGUGAUAAAAGCUAUUGAGAGUUAUGAUAUCACCACCAUCAGAGCUUCAGUUGGCAUGUAUCUGGUAGCACGUUACAUCAGCAAAGAAACAGACACCAUUGUUGUCUUUUCUGGUGAGGGUUCUGAUGAGUUAGCCCAGGGAUACAUCUAUUUUCACAAGCAACCUGAUGCAUCUGCUGGUGAUGAUGAGAGUAGGAGGUUGUUAAAGGAUCUAUAUCUGUAUGAUGUACUGCGGGCAGACAGGACCACCGCAGCUCAUGGCCUUGAGCUGCGAUGUCCAUUCCUUGAUCACCAUUUCACCUCCUACUUCCUGUCCUUGCCAAAAGAAAAACGAUGCCCAAAGAAUGGAAUUGAGAAGUACCUAUUCCGCAAAGCAUUUGAUGACACUGAUCUCUUACCAUCAGAGAUCUUAUGGAGACCUAAAGAAGCUUUCAGUGAUGGAGUAUCAUCCAUUCAGAAGUCAUGGUAUGAGGUCCUACAAGAACACAUUGAAACCCAGGUAACUAGCAGUCAACUAGAGGAUUCUCCAAAGCGCUUUCCUUUCAACCCUCCCCGCUCCAAGGAAGCAUAUUACUACAGACAGGUGUUUGAGAAAUACUAUCCUGGACGAUCUGAUUGGAUUCCUUAUAUCUGGAUGCCAAAAUGGACUGGUGCAACUGACCCUUCUGCUAGAACCCUGAAACAUUAUAAAGAAUCAGAAGUCAGUGACAAAGAACCAUUGGAAGCACAGUAGAUGGGCCAGGUAACACUCUGUUUGACUUAGUAGACUUACAUGGGCUAUAUGCCUCAGUCUAAUCUGUUGUAAAUCUGCUCGACUCAGUAGACUUACAUGGGCUAGUCUAAUCUGUUGUAAAUCUGCUCGGCACAGUAGACUUACAAGAGGUAUAUACAGUGCAUCCAAAAAAAAAACUAUACACUUUUGAGAUGGCUGCCAAAUCAAAAAUAUAUCACUUUCGAGGAAACACUUAUACCCUAUGUUUCAGUGGGCAGUGCUCGCUCAAGCAUGAAUAGUUUUCCAACUUUUUGGUGUCAUUUGAAAGAAGAAUUUAUUGGCUUUCCAUAUAUACAAGUCUUUCCCCCAAAAGUGAUAUAUUUUUUUAUUUGGCAGCCAUUUCAAAAGUGUUAAGUUUUUUGGGGGAGACGCACUGUAUAGCAUAUGCCUCAAUUUAAUUUUUAGAAAAUUUGUUUGAAUCAGUAGACUUACAAGGGGUAUGUAUUGCAUAUGCCUCAGUCUUUAUCUUUAGUAAAUCUAUUGGGACUCAGUAAACUUACAAGAGGUAUAUAUAUAGCAUAUGCCUCAAUUUAAUCUUUAGAAAAUUUGUUUGAAUUAGUAGACUUACAAGGGGUAUGUAUUGCAUAUACCUCAGUCUAAUUUUUAGUAACUCUGUUUGACUUGGUAGAAAUUGGUCUUGCAAGAGGUUUAUAUGGCACAUUUUUCAUAAUCUGGGCUAAGAUUUAGGAAAUAAAAAGAAAUACAAAUAUCUGACUUGAAAUAUUAUACUUCAUGAACUGACCAUGUUUCUGGAAAGUCAUAAUCAAUAACUACAUGUAAAUGAUGGAACUCUCUUGUAAAGCAUGCUUUUACCCAAUAAAUUUCAUUAUUAUGUUGCAUAUUUUAAAAGCUAUCUGAGAUUAAUGCAUAGAGUAGGUGCAAUUUGAAUUCAAGCUUUACACUUUCAAUGUUUUUGUUUCUUUCCUGAUUUUCUUCUUUAUCUAUCAAAUAGAUAAUAUUGUAAUGAUUUUAGGGAUAAGAUUAUACUUUUGUAUCUUCUAGUUAUUUACAAAAAAAGUUAUUUAGUUUGGGUGAUUGUUACUUAAACACUUAAAAUGGAUGAGAAGGUUCAAAGAGGUUUAGUAACUUUUAGAGAGGAAAUUCCAAUUGAAAUUCAGAGUAAAUAAUGCAGGGAUUAGCUUUGAUAGAAAAAGUGAUUUUUUUUUUAGUAAUCCCAUGUUUAUGUUAUGCUGUUGUUCCAUAGGCAAAUUAUUUCAAUGAUCAUAUGAACCACCAAUUUUUCUUUUAAAGUGGAUCUUACCUAAUAGGUAUAAAAGUUAUAUGCAGGAAUGAGCUUUAAUAGAAAAAGUGAUUUUUGUUUUAGUAAUCCCAUGUUUUAUGUUAUGCUGUUGCUCCAUAGGCAAAUGAUUUAAAUGAUUAUAUGAUCCACCAAGUUUUCUUUUAAGGUGGUUCUUACCUUAUAGGUAUAAAAGUUAGUCAUAAAAGUCAUAAAUAAUUCCAAUGCAGUAUGAGAAAUAAUGAGUUGCCUUUUGAUGUGUAUGUGUGUGUGUGUGUGUAAAUACUUUCUAUAGGCAGGUGAAUCCAUGUGUAUGUGUGUGGAGCGUUGUGGCCCAGUGGAUUAGUCUUCUGACUUUGAAACAGAGGGUCGUGGGUUCGAAUCCCAGCCAUGGCGUAAUUUCCUUCAGCAAGAAAUUCGUCCGCAGUGUGCUGCACUCAACCCAGGUGAGGUGAAUGGGUACCUGGCAGGAAUUUAUUUCUUGAAAUGCCACCCCGCUGUAAAAGGCUGCGGGGCUAAAGCCAGGGUAAUAAUAUCCAAGUCCUUUGGAAGCGCAUAGGGACGUUAUGACAUAAUGUGAUAUGCGCUAUACAAGAACUGCGUUAUUAUUAUUAUUAUGUGUAUGUGUGUGUGUGUGUGUGU